UGUGCUGCUUCCUGCCGAAGGCUUCAGCCCACACCGUGGAGCUAAACAACAUGUUCGGCCAGAUCCAGUCGCCGGGUUAUCCAGACUCUUAUCCGAGUGACUCAGAGGUGACUUGGAACAUCACUGUUCCAGAGGGGUUUCGGAUCAAGCUUUACUUCAUGCAUUUCAACUUGGAAUCCUCCUACCUUUGUGAAUAUGACUAUGUGAAGGUAGAAACUGAAGACCAGGUGCUGGCAACCUUCUGUGGCAAGGAGACCACAGACACAGAGCAGACCCCCGGCCAGGAGGUCGUCCUCUCCCCUGGCUCCUUCAUGUCUGUCACCUUCCGGUCAGAUUUCUCCAAUGAGGAGCGAUUCACAGGCUUUGAUGCCCACUAUGUGGCUGUGGAUGUGGACGAGUGCAAGGAGAGGGAGGACGAGGAGCUGUCCUGCGACCACCACUGCCACAACUACAUCGGCGGCUACUACUGCUCCUGCCGCUUUGGCUACAUCCUCCACACAGACAACAGGACCUGCCGAGUGGAGUGCAGCGACAACCUCUUUACCCAGAGGACCGGAGUGAUCACCAGCCCCGAUUUCCCAAACCCUUACCCCAAGAGCUCUGAAUGCUUCUACAGCAUCGAGCUGGAGGAGGGUUUCAUGGUCAGCCUGCAGUUUGAGGACAUUUUCGACAUUGAGGACCAUCCUGAGGUGCCCUGCCCUUAUGACUACAUCAAGAUUAAAGCUGGUCCAAAAGUUUUGGGGCCCUUCUGUGGAGAGAAAGCCCCAGAACCCAUCAAUACACAGACCCACAGUGUGCAGAUCCUGUUCCGCAGCGACAGCUCGGGCGAGAACCGGGGCUGGCAGCUCUCCUACAGGGCAGCAGGAAACGAGUGUCCAGAGCUACAGCCUCCUGUCCAUGGGAAAAUCGAGCCUGUGCAAGCCAAGUAUUCCUUCAAAGACCAAGUGCUUGUCAGCUGUGACACAGGCUACAAAGUGCUGAAGGAUAAUGUGGAGAUGGACACAUUCCAGAUCGAGUGUCUGAAGGAUGGGACAUGGAGUAACAGGAUCCCCACCUGUAAAAUUGUAGACUGUGGAGCCCCAGCAGGCCUGGAACACGGGCUGGUCAUCUUCUCCACAAGGAACAACCUCACCACAUACAAAUCCGAGGUCACCUACUCCUGCCAGCAGCCCUAUUACAAGAUGCUCCCCAAUAUCACAGGUAUAUAUUCCUGUUCUGCCCAAGGGAUCUGGAUGAACAAAGUCCUGGAGAAAAGUCUGCCUACCUGCCUUCCAGUGUGUGGUCAGCCUUCUCGCUCCCUGCCAAACCUGGUCAAGCGGAUCAUUGGCGGCCGCAAUGCCGAGCCCGGCCUCUUCCCGUGGCAGGCCCUGAUAGUGGUGGAGGACACCUCGAGGGUGCCAAACGACAAGUGGUUUGGGAGUGGGGCCCUGCUCUCCGAGUCCUGGAUCCUCACAGCAGCCCACGUACUGCGCUCACAGCGUAGAGACAACACAGUGAUACCCGUCUCCAAGGAUCACGUCACUGUCUACCUGGGCCUGCAUGAUGUGCGGGACAAAUCAGAGGCUGUCAACAGCUCAGCCGCCCGGGUGGUGCUGCACCCAGACUUCAACAUCCAGAACUACAACCACGACAUAGCCCUAGUGCAGCUGCGGGAACCCGUGCCCCUGGGGCCCCACGUCAUGCCCAUCUGCCUGCCCAGGCUUGAGCCUGAAGGCCCCGCCCCCCACAUGCUGGGCCUGGUGGCCGGCUGGGGCAUCUCCAAUCCCAACGUGACAGUGGAUGAGAUUAUCAGCAGUGGCACGCGGACCCUGUCAGAUGUCCUACAGUACGUCAAGUUACCCGUGGUGCCACAUGCUGAGUGCAAAACCAGCUAUGAGUCCCGCUCGGGCAACUACAGCGUCACGGAGAACAUGUUCUGUGCUGGCUACUACGAGGGCGGCAAGGACACCUGCCUUGGAGACAGUGGUGGGGCCUUCAUCAUCCUUGAUGACUUGAGCCAGCACUGGGUGGCCCAAGGCCUGGUGUCCUGGGGGGGACCUGAAGAAUGUGGCAGCAAGCAGGUGUACGGAGUGUACACAAAGGUCUCCAACUACGUGGACUGGGUAUGGGAGCAGAUGGGCUCUCCACCCAGUCUGGGGGAGCUCCAUGUGGAGCGGUGAGCUGACCUGAGUCCUCAGCGCCUGUCUACCCUGCCCCAGCCCGAGUGAGGCUACGUAUACACUUCCGACAACACACUCCAUGUUACCGACCAGGCCAAAUAGGGUGGACCACGCUGACUUAGCAGUGAGCCCAUCCUCCUGAGAGGCAGCGGUGUGGUGCAGGGAAAAGGCUCUAGGCAAGAGACCUGAGCCACUGACCUUGUUUAAGUCCCUUCUCUUUUCUGGGCCUCUGUGUCCCCAGCAAUCCAUGGAGGGAGCUGGACCAGCACCUUUUGGCCAACCCUGGCACUCAUCUCUGGGCUGUGCCUUGCUUUGCCCCUGUGGCCUCCAUUCACUCCAUUUAUCCAACCCAUUGGUCUCACUAUUGGUAUAACUGAGCUUGGACCUGAUUAUCAGAAAAGGGUUCCUUAUAUUGAACUAAACCCCACAUCUGUAUAUUUUCCCAGCUAUGCCUAGGAGGUUUGGGGAGACAGCCUGGAGGCCCCUCUCUUAGCAUAACGCUUUGAAGCACUUUUGUCCCUUGGGUUUCUCUCCCCAAAGCUUCUUGCAAUCUAAGCCCUAUCCCUUACUUUCCCUAUUAUAGGAAUUUCAAAGGGCAAAGAAAAAGUUGGGAAGGUUUGUGGUGAUUGAGAUGAGUGGAGGCCCUCGAAACCCCUUAAAUUCCUACUGUUGAGUCCAAACACAGCAUUUGGGCCCAUAUGCCACUCUGGAAUACCAACUGACACCACAGGGUAUCCAACCUGCUACUCCGAACAAGCACAAAGCAACUUUUCAGCCUUGGAAUAGUCAUCUAAAAAGGCUACCUAAGCUCCAGCCCCAGACGAGAAGACUUGGGUGAUUACUUGGAAAAAGAGCAGACCCACACUGUGUUCUGCUGUGCUUGGGAUAGAAAGAUAGAAGAAAAGGUGAACUUGGGACAUAAGGGGUCACCCAAAUCCUGAUGGGUGGCCCAGCACCCCUGGAGCCUGGAGAAUCCACUCAGCCAGAUGUGCAGAGGGUUCCACUUUUUGUUUUCCAGGUAACAGCAAAGACUCACCCAUGACAGGCGAUGAAAAGAGAUGGAGGGUCGAGUCCUGGUCUACCCCCAGGUCUUCCCCCAGUUGGCUGUAUAACCUUUGGCAAAUCAUUUUCUUCCUCUGAGCCUCAGUGUCCUCAUCAAUAAAAUGAAGAUCUGGGGACCCUCGAGCACUCAGAGCUGCCCUGCUUGCCUGGAGCCUCUCCCUGGCUCUCACAGGUUUGAAGGGCCUCACUCCUUCCCCGGAAGUGCUCUCUCCCGGAAAUCUCCAUCAGAGAAAGGCAGCCAGGGAGCCCCGGGAGAGGGAUUCCAAGAGAAUGGGAAGUGUCCCCUUUCCCAUUGGUUCAUCAGAACACACUCCUAUGUCUAUGAAUGGCACAUAUAGAGGAUGCUGAAGUUUGUAUGUUUUAUAUCAUGUGCUUCACCACUCUGUAAGGGGCCUCUGCUCUCUGUUUCUCUUGCCAGGGGUCUGAAGUGGAAAUAAACCCUCUGUGGAUAACCAA